CAAAAGUGCGGUCUACAUCGUUUAGGUUUCUAAAAAUUGGAUUACUUGUUUUGUCUAGCCAGUGAAACAAAUAUACAUACAAGAUGGGUUGCGCAAGUGGAAUCGUUAAAUACUUAGUGUUCUUAUUCAAUCUCGUCUUUGCCCUUGCUGGGCUGGCGAUGUUGGCUGUUGGUAUCCUGUACCAACUGGAAUUGAACGACAUCACAAACGCAAUCGAUGAUAGAACCUACGCAUUAGCACCGACCUUUGUAAUCGUCGUCGGUACUAUUGUAUUCGUUAUCUCAUUUUUCGGAUGCUGUGGCGCCAUAGAGAGCACAUGCAUGUUAACUACCUACGGUGUGAUACUCCUCGCCAUCUUCAUCCUACAAAUAGCAUUGGGCGUGUUUGCUUUCCUGCAGGUAAAAGAAAGCGAUGGAAGCUUCAAAAAGGAAAUCUACAAGGCAAUGGACAAAGCCUACGCAAAGUACGGCCGUGAUAAAACCACCACAGACGCUAUCGAUUCCAUGCAACAAGUUCUUAAAUGCUGCGGGAAUAACGGCCCCGGAGACUUUACGCAACUGCCAUCCAGUUGCUGUGAAGGUAAACCGCAGUCAUGCCACCAAGCAGAUCGGUCCUUCUUCGACGAUGCUUGCAACAAGAAAUUAUACCGAUCACUGAAGGACAACGUUGAAAUCCUUGGCUACGUUGCAAUUGGCCUCUGCGCUACUGAGUUGAUCGCCGCCAUCUUUUCCUUCUGUCUGAGCAGCUCAAUUCGCAAUGAGAGAAGGCGCGGCCAUUAUGCGUAAUCCCAUUUAAUGAAACAUAUUUAUAUUACGAGUAUAAUGUUUAAUGUGUAUUUUUUUACUUACCCAAAGUAGACAGCGUAUGACCGAAAUAAUAAAAUACAUGUUAUUAUCGUGGACAAUUUCCAAUAACAAAA